GCGUGGGAAAGAGCCGCGAGGAGCCGACCGCGCCGCCGCGGGAGCCGCGCCUGCCCGGGCCCAGAGAGGGAGGGAGGAAGGGAGGAGGCAGGCAAGGAGGGCGCUGCGCCCCGCUCGGCGUCGGUGGCUCGGGCUGGGCUGUGCCCAGCGCCGUCUUCGCCGCGAUGAAGCGCCCUUGCGAGGAGACGACCUCCGAGAGCGACAUGGACGAGACCAUCGACGUGGGGAGCGAGAACAAUUACUCGGGGCAAAGUACUAGCUCUGUGAUUAGAUCGAAUUCCCCAACAACAACAUCUCAGAUUAUGGCAAGAAAGAAAAGGAGAGGGAUAAUAGAGAAAAGGCGUCGAGAUCGGAUAAAUAACAGUUUAUCAGAGUUGAGACGACUGGUGCCAACUGCUUUUGAGAAACAAGGAUCUGCAAAGUUAGAGAAAGCCGAAAUACUGCAAAUGACAGUAGAUCAUUUAAAGAUGCUUCAGGCAACUGGGGGUAAAGGCUACUUUGACGCACAUGCUCUUGCCAUGGACUUCAUGAGCAUUGGAUUCCGGGAGUGCUUAACGGAGGUGGCCAGGUAUCUGAGCUCCGUGGAGGGCCUGGACUCCUCGGAUCCCCUGCGGGUACGACUGGUCUCUCAUCUCAGCACGUGCGCCUCGCAGCGGGAGGCUGCGGCCAUGACGUCCUCACUGGCCCACCACCAUCACCCCCUGCACCCGCACCACUGGGCGGCGGCCUUCCACCAUCUCCCCGCUGCCCUGCUCCAACCCAACGGACUCCACGCCUCCGAGUCAACGCCUUGUCGCCUCUCCACGGCUUCAGAAGUGCCUCCUGCCCACGGCUCCGCCCUGCUCACGGCCACAUUUGCCCAUGCCGAUUCUGCCCUUCGGAUGCCGUCAACGGGCAGCGUUGCCCCCUGCGUGCCACCUCUGUCCACCUCUCUCUUGUCCCUCUCGGCCACUGUCCACGCGGCCGCUGCAGCAGCCACCGCAGCGGCGCACAGCUUCCCUCUGUCCUUCGCGGGGGCCUUCCCCAUGCUCCCCCCGAACGCAGCUGCAGCAGUGGCAGCCGCCACCGCCAUCAGCCCGCCCCUAACGGUGUCAGCCACCUCCAGCCCUCAGCAGACAAGCGGCGGAACAAACAGUAAACCUUACCGACCCUGGGGGACAGAAGUGGGAGCUUUUUAAGUUUGCAUUGAACUUUUUGCAAUAGUAACUGAAUGUCCUUCAUUUCAGAGUCAGCUUAAACCUCUGCACCCUGAAAGUAGCCAUACAGAUGUCUACAGAUCCACAAAGGAACAAUAAAGCUAUUUGAGACACAAACCUCACAAGUGGAAAUGUGGUAUUAUCUUUUCUCUCUUGUUUUGUUUAAGGCAGCUUGGUAACUGACAUCAGCAACUUUUGAAAACUUCACACUUGUUUUCAUUUAGAAGUUUCCUGGGAAAUAUAUGGACUGUACCAUCCAGGAGUGCAUCAGUAUGUCUGAACUGGGGAAGAAAAAAAAAAGCCCUGACUGGAUUCUCUUGAAACUAGAUGGAAAAAAAAUAUUUGUGUUUCAUAAGUGCCUGAGCUAGUAAAGUUUUCUUGUGAACAGAUUAACAUUGCACAAGUAAAGAAGAUCAUAGAGGUUAGGUUAAGACAGGAAAGGGACAGAAGUCUUGUAUUAGGCUGCAGACGUUUUAAUAAAAUGCCAGCGAAGAGUACUCUGUUGAAACCAAGAGGUUUUUGUUGGCCAAAAGGAUUGCUGAAAAUAAUUUUCAAGUUGAAAGACCUAGUUUUAUCUUAGUUUUCUUUCUUUGUACAGACUUGCCUGCCAAAUGGUGACAUUUAGCAAUGCAUUGGUAUAAGCAAUUAUUCCAUCAGUGCUCAGAUUAACAGCCAUUCCUGCCCUGCCUGCAAGCCCCCAGGCACUUUUUUUUUCCAUGGCUCAAAAUUUGGUGCUUCUUUAUGUAAAACCAUACGUAGAGUGCACCUAGAAGCACUUGCCUACCAUGUGCCCCCCAGAAGCUAUUUGAUUCAUGCCAACUUGAAAACUCUCCAGUGUGUAAAAGUUUAGGUUAAUUUAUUGUUUCAUUUGGACUGUUUUUACGUAUUUAUCCUCUUCAUUUUGUCCUGAUAAUGUGUAAUACCUAUUCUUGUCGCCCUUUGGGAAAAGCUGCAUUUCUGGAGGUGAUGAGACAGGGAGAGAACAUUGGGAAGAGAAAAGCCACGAUUUUUAAAUGCUCUUUGUCAAGCUCAUGAUUGCAUUUGAUCCCAAAUCAAGAUGAAUGUAUGCAGUGGGAUGUACAUAAAUUAUUUUUUGUUCAUGCCUAGACUAGUGCUGCAUAACGGUGUUUUUUUUUUAUUUUUAAUGACAAAAUCUCUUAAUACAUUGAAAUUGAGCACGUGAGAUUUUAUGUUUGAAAGGUAAAGACACAGCAUGUAUUAUUACGCACUUCAUUUCUCUGCUGUGUGGAGAAAGCAAUAAACAUGAGAAUGUUAAACAUUAUACAAAAUUAUACUUUUAAAUAUUUGUUUUAAAAUUAUUGUACCUAGUCUUUUUUGCAUUACUUUGUAACCUUUUUCUAUGCAAAAGUCUAAAUAUCACUAAUUAAAUGAAGUCCUUUUUUUGACUAUUUCUAUGUGGAUGAGUUGCUUUGCAGAAUGGAAAGUUGACAUGAAUUUCAAGCAAGGCCUUCCUUCACUAACAAUUUAAGCCGUGGCUUUUCUUUUUCUCUUUCAGAGUCAUUUAAUAUAAUUCACAGCUUGCCUGAAAAUAGUGUUUAUCUGAGCUUGUAUAUCAAUUCAGCAUAGGCGGGUUUGACAUUAUUUGGAGACAGGAAGUGAUCAGUUUCCUCUGCCUUUUAUUCUUAACCGUGGUUCUUAGAAAAGUGCAAAUACAAGAGCUCCAAAUAAUAGUACAUUGAACCUGGGAUAAUAAGCCAGAAUGUGUCAUACAUCUUGUAACUCAAAAACAUUUGUAGAGGGUUUUUAAAACAUCAUCUGUAUAUGUGAUAAGCAUAUACAUGCUUCCUGAUGAGAAAUCCUCUGUACCUACCUCAAUGAAACUUUCUUUUGAUGCUAUAGAAAUUGUACACAUAUCUCUCCUUCUUCAAUAAAGCCUAGAAGAGAUUAUUUUAGUUCCUGAAGCUAUUGGGCCAAACGUAA